AAUGCCGAUGGAUCUCCAACUCUCUCUCCUCUUCUCGCUCGUCCUCGUCUCCGCCGUUUUCUCACCGUGCAUGUCCUUUCCAUCGCCGCAAUCGAGCCCUACUUCAUCUCCUUCCCCUUCGACUUCUCGUCGAGGACUGAAAAACCCUGGCAUCCAUAUCUCAUCUUCACGGCUGGCUUCCCCGAGUCCUACACCUGGUCCUCUCGCCCCUGCACUGUUUGUGUUCGGCGACUCCUCCGUCGACUGUGGCACCAACAAUUUCCUCGGGACGCUCGCGAGGGCGGACCGCCUUCCUUAUGGCCGAGACUUCGACACCCAUGAGCCCACUGGCAGGUUCUGCAAUGGACGAAUCCCAGUCGACUAUCUCGCUCUAUAUCUCGGUCUUCCGUUUGUACCGAGUUAUCUUGGACAGAGAGGACAGGCGGAAGAUAUGAUUCAUGGAGUGAACUACGCAUCUGCCGGUGCCGGAUUAAUCUUCUCGAGCGGAUCGGAGAUGGGUCAACAUGUCUCCUUCACUCAGCAAGUCCAGCAAUUCGCAGACACAUGCCAGCAGUUCAUUUUGAAUAUGGGAGAGGACGCUGCGGCUGAUCUCAUCUCGAGCUCGGUGAUUUAUAUCUCGGUCGGAAUCAACGACUACAUACAUUACUACUUGCCUAAUGUGUCCGACGUGCAGAGCCUGUACUUACCGUGGAGUUUCAACCAUUUUCUGGCGUCGUCCCUAAGGCAGGAAAUCAAGAACUUGUACAACAUGUAUGCUAGGAAGGUUGUGGUGAUGGGAUUGCCGCCCAUCGGUUGCGCUCCUCACUAUCUGUGGCAGUACAGGAGCAAAAACGGGGAGUGUGUGGAUGAGAUCAAUGACGCAAUCACGGAGUUCAACUUUGCCAUGAGAUUCAUGGUCGAGGGGCUAGGUCGGGAGCUCACGGGCGCGAGCAUCACCUUCUGCGAUGUAUUUCAAGGUUCCAUGGACAUACUGAAGAAUCACGAGCAUUAUGGUUUCAAUUUUACUACCGAUGCAUGCUGCGGGCUAGGCAAGUACAGAGGCUGGAUCAUGUGUUUGUCGUCCGGAAUGGCGUGCGAAAAUGCUUCUACGCAUAUUUGGUGGGACCAGUUCCAUCCGACGGCGGCGGUGAACGCAAUUUUAGCAGACAACGUGUGGAACGGACUGCACUCGAGGAUGUGCUAUCCGGUGAACAUGGAAGAGAUGGUGGUUCAUAGGACUAAAUGAUUAGUACUGCACGUCGGACCUGCUGAAUUCAUUCACAAACUUCCCUAUUUUUCCUGUACCGUUCAUUUCUUAAGAUAGUGAUGUCUGUAGCGAAUAACGAGCGAAGUAUUUCAUGAUCAACAUGAAUGUAUCUGAUGUAAUUUGCUACUACGUAUCAGUAGAUUGUCCACAGCAGAUCCAUCAAAACUCGAAUAUAGGUUUCAAUUUUGCUCAUCCAACUCUUCUUAGGAAAGGUGCGUGUCAUCUUCGACAUCUGAUUGUACCUCGAAACUAGGGAAUGAGGUAGUAAUGUCCCUGCAGAAACGAAUUGAAAAUUUCUAAGUAGAA